UAAAAAAUGUCAACUUUCUCUCUUUUUGGUCUUUAUUGCAGUCUUUCUUGAACCAUUCUUCUUUCUCUUUGCCGCCACCGUUCAUGUUUUUUUUCUUCUUCCUCUGUUCCAAAAAUAAAUAAAUCUCUCAAUUAAAAGCCACAAAAUUAAAUAAAAUUGAGAAUAUGGAAGAAUGGUUGAAGAUCUCAUUCGUAGCUUUUUCAAGUGUGAUUGUUGUUGUAAUUGUAAUAACAAUAAUUAAACGAAGAUGUUGUACUAAAAAGUCAGAUCAAUCAAAUUCGUCAAAACAGAAUUUACAAAAUGGAAUUUCGAAACAUCAUCAUCAUCAUCAUGUAAGUGUUACAAACAAAUAUUAUGUUGUUAAAAAAGGUUUCAGUUGGUCUGAUCAUCCAUCACUUGUAACUGAUGCUGUUGAAAAUGGAUGGUCAAGAUUUGCUUUCACAUCUAUUGCUCCAUCUUCAUCCAUUAGAUCAUCAGCUAGGUCCAUUUUAGGAUCAUGUGUUGGUAAUGAUAAUAUGAGUUGGGAGAUUUGUCAAGAUUCAUCUGAUUUUAUGCAGAAAAUUCGAUUUAGUUAUGGCAAUCAAAAACUCAAUAGAAGCAGUAAAUUUAUGUCUGUUGUGAAAACUAGUUUACCAUUACCAGGACCUCAUUUGGGAAAUUCAUCAUUUCCACAAGAAUCUUAUUUCGAGAUAGCAAUUUUGCAAUGGAAUCAAGAGAAUAAUGUUGAAGUUAUGGGAAAGGUAAAAGAGGAUAAAUUAGAUUUGGAGAAAAUUAAGUUAAUUAGAGAGGAUUCUUCUAAUUCAAAGGCUAAUUCAGAGUCUUUGGUUCAUGUUACAAGUAGUAGUAGUAGUAGUUAUCAUCAAAAGAUUCAAGAAUCAAAGGAGAAUUUGAGAAGUGAUGAGUUCAUUGUGUUGUCAAUUGGGCUAACAAGUGCUGCUGCUGGUUCUCUACCACUUAAACUUCCAGGCAGCUAUCAAGGUUCCAUUGGAUUUAACUCAAACGGUUCUGUUUUUCUUGAUGGAAUGAAAUUGGUGUUUGAAUCACAAAGAGAAGAGUGGGGAAAAGCAGAAAGAGUGAUUGGUUGUGGUUACAAUCCAAGCCAAAAGAAGGUAUUUUUCACAGUGGAUUCUUUGUUAGUACAUGAAAUUUUUUGCAAAACAGAAGAAUUUGGAAAUCCACUUUACCCAAUUUUAGCAUCAAAUGGUGAUAUUUUAGUACUAGUAAAUCUUGGACAAAGUGUAUUCAAAUAUCAACCAGCAAAUCUACACAGGACACCAAAUCCUUGCUUCAUUGGUCCAAUAAUGCAAAAUGAUUCAUCAACUCUUGGAUAUGAAGACAGCAAAGAACUUUUCUCAAUGGGUAGAAUUGAUGCACAAUGGCUUAAUAGAAGUAAUACAAGAAGUAAUAACAAUACUGUUAAUAGUUUGAAACAAGUAUUAGAUUAUGAUUUGGAGUCUGAAGGUGAUUUAUUUGAAAUUGUUUUAGAUAAUUGUAAUAGUUAUUCAAGAUCUCCUAACCCUUUGUAACAUAUUUUAAAAAAAAAUAAUUCAAAUGUAACAUUAUAAUUUUGUACAUUUUAUUUUUUUUUGGUUGUAUGAGACCAUGAAGGGGCACUAAAUUAGAAGAUAUUGGUUUUAUUUUAUUUGUUAA